AUCUGCGCCAUUUUUUAUUCCAUGGGAGCUUCCAUCAGUUCCAUGUUUGUUUUUUAGAAGAGGCCCAACUUCACUUCUCUUUUGUCAUAGCAUUGAAGUCAGAAUGAUUAAGGAUGUAUUCAACAUUCUUGCCAAUCCAAUUAAAUUUUCCAGUUACUUCCACAAUCUCUUUGCAGCAACAGUACUCUGAACACUCGCCAGAUUUUGAUCGGCACAAUUCCCACACGAACACCUACAACAGAAAUAAAUAAUAAGGCAAAUAUCAGGGAAAUAUUGCAUGGAAAUCAUAAUAAAGUAACUUAGUAUUGUUUGUAGAACUCACCAAUUUGCUAAUGGACUAAACGCUUCUCCAGAACAGAUGGCAAAAUGUAAUCUUCGUCCUGUUCCUCAUCAGAAGAUUCGCUGUCGUCUGUACUGGCAAUAGUUCCCCUUGAUACGGCUCAAAACAAUUCGUUACGUUCAUAUUUCCUUCUAAAUUGCUCUCCGUUAUGUUAUCAGACUCUAAGCUAGAGUAACUAAGAGAAUCUUCGCUGUGCGACAUAGUAAAAGAGUAGAAAUCACGAUAAAAUAUUUUAUACAGCGCGAUAAUACAAAUGUUCUUUACUGUUUAUAUUGAGAAUGUCAACAUGUGUGUACAACCAGUGACGUCACGCGCUGUUUUCACUCGGGUCCAGACCCCGGGACAAAAAAUAGCCGAAUUGCUGAACUUUGUAGCUUAAAAAAUCGACUUUAAAGAAUCGCGGGGCGAAAAUAAAAUACGGCAUGAUAUUCAGCGUACUUUAAACUAUAAAAUCAGCACAAUUUCAGAAAAAAUUUUCAGCCGUUUCAUAAACACUUUAACAAAUUACGGUGCAUUAAUUUGAAAGUUAGUAAAAAAUGGUAUGUCUGGAAAUGAAAAGAUAAAAAUUUCGUCCAUAGCUGGAAGCACCCAUUAUAGGGACUGAAAUGUUGUCGGCAAAUACGAUACUACAUCCCCCAACCUUAGCCUCUUUGCUACGGCCCUGGAAAUAUAGAGCUAUUCAGUAUGAACUAACUGCACCUCUAGAGGGAACAGUUCAGAACUGAUAGAAGUAACCUCUUUGCUACGGCCCUGGAAAUAUAGAGUUAUUCAGUAUGAACUAACUGCACCUCUAGAGGGAACAGUUCAGAACUGAUAGAAGUAACGAGCAUAUAUAAAACUUUUUUAGACCUGACCGGGGGCAGUUGCAAAAAAUCUGUGUGUGUCCAUCAAUUCUCGUCUCGUGUGUCUAAAUUUCUGUGUGUGUCCAUCAAUUCUAGGAACACUAUCGGUGACGUAUUCCCACCCAAUGCAAAAGUUGGAUAUCCCUACAUUUGAUUGGCCGAAAGCAGAUUUUCCAGAACUUAAAUACCCGUUACAUGAACACCAACGUGAAAACGAGGCCGAGGAAACAAGAUGUCUUGCCAUGGUAAGUCCGAGAAAACGUUGGUACAGGGUGUCCACCCUUUUGGUGAGGAUGAAAUUCAAGGACUUUUCCAGGACUUUCAAGGCCCUUUUUCAGUAAAUUCAAGGACAUAGAACUGGGAAUAAUCUUUGAAAAUGGCACGGAUUUUAGACUUUAACCAGCAAAUAAUUCACUUUAUUCAGUAAUUUUAAUCAAAAUCACCAAUGUUGGCACAGCUGGAGGUUAAGGAAUUAAUUCCAGGACUUUCAAGGACUUCUACUGAUUUUCGAGGACUUUCCAGUCCUGGAAAUUUUGUUUUCCAAUUCAAGGACUUUCCAGGAUUUUCAAGUUUAUAUAAUAAUUCGUCUGUGUAUUUUUUACCACUGAGUUCGAAAUAUUUAUUGGACGAAAUAUGAGGACCAUUGCAUGUCCAAUAUAUUAGCCAGCUGCUUUGGAUGGUUUACAGGUGGUAGAUUGGGAUACACUCUAGUAAUGGCUAUAUGGUGCAAGUUGAUCGCUUAGCUUCGUCUUUUCUAAAUCUUAAUUGUUCAUUUUUAAGGCGGAAGAGAUAUUCCAUGAACAGAAAAAACAGAAACCAAUAGCUGCUGUGAUAAUAGAACCCAUACUUGCAGAGGGAGGUAAGAAGUCAUGCUUCAGUUCUGCGUAUAGAAAAGUGUAGUUAAAAUAACCAAUGGCAGGGCUCUUUGCCCUGGCCUCCCCUGCUUGAUUACGUUUGACGCACAGAAUAGAGAUAUACACAGCUUUGCGAUUGCGAAAAUGGCAUUCGUAUAACCGUCCCCUGGAAUGCUAAGUUGUAGCCUGGUUGUAGUCUGGUGCAUAAAAAUUGAAAACCUACAAUCUUUUAUGUCUUAUUUCAAAGGUGAUUGUCAUGCAUCUCCAGAUUUCUUCAAUAAACUACGCAAUAUUGUUGCAAAAGUAAGUAACAAUAAAAAUACAGGAAUUUUUUGUAAAUAUUGUAAGCGAUAAGUCAUGUCCAAUCUUGAUCAACUUUUUCACUCUCAAAGUUUUCGGAUAUGAUGUCAUUAGGUGAAUUGCAAAUUAGUUUUCCUUUGUUUUUUGUACCAAAAAUUCACCUAAUGACAUCGUAUCUGUAACCUUUGACAGCGAAAAAGUUAAAAAGCUGAGGUUUUUUACUAUAAAGAUACAUUACAUUUCUUCUUAGAAUGACCCAAAUAUUACACAUACAAAAAAUUAUAUUUGGGUUAGUCACACUUUGAAGUGCAUAUGACAUGAAUUUUUUUAUUUUCUUAAAUGAAAGAACUCUUAAAGCUGUAGUGUAACUUAUUUUUCAGUUUCUUGUUUUCAUGGUUUGUUCCCGAGAUAUUUCAAUUUGUUUGGUAUGUAAAUGAGUGUGAAUAUGUCCGCUAAUUUAUGACGUCACGUUGGCUGCAAGCUCAACUUAUACUGGUUAUAAAUCUAUUAACUCUAAAAACUUAGAUAUCAGUUCACGUUUUUCUCCAGUAUUUUACCACAUUUACCAGUGAGUGAAGUUAGAAAUGAUUAUCUUGGAUGAUAGCCGUGAUAUUCAACCAUUUACAUACCAAACAAAUUGAAAUAUACCAUAAAAACAUACCAUAAAAACAAGAAACUGAAAAAUAAGUUACACUACAGCUUAAAGAGUUCUUUCAUUUAAGAAAAUGGAAAAAUUCAUGUCAUAUGCACUUUAAGCAAAUAUUCGAAAUCUAAUAUUAUCAAAGCAUCUUAGUCUAGAAUUUGCUCCUAGAAUGAUGCCUACUUUAUUGUCGACGAAGUUCAAACUGGCGUUAUUUCCACAGGAACCUUUUGGUAAGUAAAUUCCAGUGAGGAUAUAAGAACUUGCAGUCCUAUGUGAAAAGUGAAGCCAAUAACAUGGUAGAAAUUGACGUCCAAAGUCUAGGAUGGUUGUAAACAGUUUUCAUACCAUUUUCCCCAGCUAAUUCCAGUUUUUUUUCUAACGGACCGUAUCGCUUACCAAGUUAUCAGUUCAUUAACCCAUAGAAUUAUUCUUUAAAUCAAGGUCAUGAUCAUUUGCGCUCCCCUGAGAUCGUUUUGCACCUCCCCUUGGGACAGUUUCAAUGAUAGAUCAGAGUGAAAAUUUGACAUUUUUUGGUCGCUUAGGGGGUCUACACUUCGUAAGAAAGUUUUUCUGUAAAAUUGAAACAGUGAUAGCCAUUCAUCUCUGUGUCAAGUAACCUUUUAAUGCAAUGUUUUGAAAGAAACUUUGUAGGGCAAAAUUGGAGGAGUUGUACAGUCAUAGUUCAUUAAUACACUGAUACAUAUAUGUACCCUACAUGCAUACAUCACGUUGUUGAUUUUGGCCCGCUCUAAGCCCUAACUUUCCAUGGGGGUCCUGAGCUAGACCGUUGCACCUCCCCUAAAUUUUUCCACCUUUCCCACUAUUUCCACCAAAAUCCGGCCUUGGAACACUCCUCUAAGGCUACCUUAAAUGCUGUGGUAUUGAUGUGUCAGUUUGGUGAACACUUUGUCGCAAAUAUUAUUUUGUCAUUUUUCAGGGCGCAUGAAAGCUGGAACUUAGAUCAACCACCUGAUUACGUCACAUUCGCAAAGAAAAUGCAAAUUGGAGGAUUUUACUAUAAUGACGGUUACACCCCUUACGAGGUAUAGAGGUAGUUACUGUCAGUUCAUUAUUUUACUCAAAUUUUCGAGUCAACGGCUUGUUGACAACUUGCUAGAAGGUUGUUGAGAUCAACAGACUUGCUGCAGGUUGUUCCAACAACUUGUUAUCGUCCUGCAAUUCAACUGAUUUGUGACCAAGCUUGUAGCGACUUGAUAAAAUAAUAACAUUGUUACAACUUGUUAACAAGCUUCAGUAGCAACUUGGUAAAAUAACAACAUUGUUACAACUUGUUAACAAGCUUGUAGCAACUUGAUAAAAUAACAACAUUGUUACAACUUGUUGACAAGCUUGCUGUUGUUUGAUUUUGACGUGUAUAUAUAUAUAGGCAGACUAACCGCACAAAACUCUUAAAAAUAAUUAAUCCCUCACCAUGCUUUGUUUCCUCCGCGAUGUAAACAGAAAAAUCGCAUCCAAAGCACGUGGAAUGGAGAUCCUGCCAAACUCUUGAUGAUCAAAGAAAUUCUGAAAGUAAUCGAAAAUGAACACUUAGUUGAAAAUGUCAGAGAUGCGGGACAGGUGUUGCUGAAUGGCUUGAAACAAUUACAGGUAAGAAUUCAGAGGAAAAACCGCGAGUGAUUUUAAUUUUUCCGACGGUUGCUCGCGUUAAGGUUUACAGAACACCUUUGAGUGUUAAUUUUGCCUAAAUAUUUUUUACUGGUUUCCAUGAAAGCAUUAGUCGACUGGUUUUACUAUCUGACCAAGUUUGAACGAAAAAUGUUGAAAACUCACAGAGUUAUUUAAUAAAAUACAUUUCGCUGUAAUAAGAAAAACAUUGAAAAUGUAAUAUUCAAAUUCAAUUUUCUCCCGAAGAAUUUUACGGCAAUUACUGAUUUUCAAACGAGUUGUUCUCCUGUGGGUUUUAACGAAUUUUUUUCAAAUUUUCACAGGACAUAGCUAGACGUCAGUUUCAAAAUUGUGUUCGGCUUUUUUCUAAUUUUGGAUAUUUUAAUAAUAAGGAGCAAUUCACUCAAACGAUUCAGAGAUAUAUUGCAGUCGUCAAAUAAAUCGCCAUAUCAGCGGAAUGACGAAAUAAACAAAAAAUUUCCGAACAUAAUUUUUUAGAACAACUAUUUUGCUACAUAAAAAUUAUAUUUUCAUAAAAUAUCUUAAAACCAGCAGGAACAUAACUCAAAAGCGUAAAGGUACCGCGAUUUAAGAUUUUCCUGAAUAAUUCUUAUAUUAUAUUGUUUGUCAAUUUUACAACUUUACCAUAUUUUGCAUGCACUGGAGAACAUUUGGUGACAAUUUGAUGAAAAUCGGACUGAUAUUGAGCGCGCAGUAGCGAUUUUCCGCAAAACGCCCAAAAGGGUGUCCUGUAACAUUAACGGACAGCUUCAGAAUUUGAUUGUGUCAGCUGUACAUAAAGCUUGUUGAAAGGUUCAUGCGGUGUGCAGAAAUUUGCACUGGAAAAAAAAUAGUGAAAUUCAAUCAUACUAUGGAAUUUUGCGAUUGCAUCACCAAAUCCAAACUAUAUUCAUACUAAUAUAUGGAUAUGAUAUGGAAAUUGCAAUGGGUGAUUGACCGUGAUUCCAACACCACAGCUAGAAAGAGCGUCUUGGAAUGGGUAAAACUGCAAAGAUUGGUUGCUAAAUGUUGUGAAAUGAAGAAAAUAUAGCCCUGUGAAGUUAGCAAAUUUUGUAUUGUAUUAAGUAUUAAGCGCGGGAAAAAUAACCACUUUCGACUGAAAAAUGGUUAUUUUUCCCGCGCGUAAUGCAAAUAUCAUAUACAAAAUUUGCAAACUUCACAGGACUAUAUUUUCCUCAUUUUACAACAAUUCGCAACCAAACUUUGCAAUUUUACUCAUUCUAAGAUGCUCUUUCCAGCUAUGGUAAUGGUUUCGUUCUUCUUGUCCAGAUCAAAAUUUGAUCUAUAGUUGAAAUCAACCAUUGUUGUCUGCUAAACAGUUGUUCAACUUGUUUUAUUUUAGCAUAAUGCCUAUGAUACACUAUUGUUUCUUACAGGAGAAAUUUCCUCAGUACAUUAGUGCUGCAAGGGGACAGGGAGGUUUCUGUGCCAUUGAUUUACCAGAUACAACAGCACGAGAUUCCUUUGUCAACCAACUACGAAGUAGUGGUAAGAACUAUGUAAAAAAAUCAGGGACUCAGUUGGAGUGGGGGGAGGGGGUGCAGCCUCCACAUGAGGGGGUGCAACGAGAGGGAGGGCGAGCCUGUAUGAUAUGGAGAGGGGGUUGGCCUAUAUGAUGGAGGGGCAGGGAGAGGCCCUUUCCUAAGUUGGGGUGGUCACUGGUCAGAUAGUGGUAAGAGCUCGAGAAUGGAAACAGAAACUUGGAGGGGGCCACCGUCCCAAUUUGGAACUUGAGCGCUUUUACGUUCCUAUUUGUCCCCUUCUAUCCUACUAUUGUUGAAGAAUCCAUACUCAAUACGAGUUAAAGUUUAUCGCUAUAAAUAUAGUUUUCACAGUAUAUUGGAUAGCUCUAUAUUCACUAAUUGUAAACUUUUUUCUAGGUUUAGUAACAGGAGGUUCUGGCUUUACUUCCGUCAGAUUCAGACCAUCAUUAAUCUGCACAAAGCAUCAUGUCCAAAUUGCUUUGGAAAUUAUGGAAUCACAGUUGAAAAAAUUAUAGCAGUACCAAUUAUUCACUUCUUUUCUAUUACUAUAAACAGAAUAUUGUAAAAUACUGUAAAAUAUAUCCAUAAGACAUACUGUAUAGUAGGGACACGCACAUUAUGCCAGAAUUUCUUUUAGAAUAGCAGGUUUUUUUGAAACCGGGGAUAAUUAUUAUAUAGGCACAAGCAGGAAUAAUAGGGAAAUGUUUCGGUAUGACGUCAUUGUGCCAAUAUCAAUUAUGUAGUUAGCAUAUACGCCAUCCAUCCAUGGGGCAGUUUAUUGGUAAACCGAUAAAUAUAGUUUUUUCUCAAAACCGGUUUACAGUAUUAUGGCCUAUAUUGAAAAACCAGGAAACCUACUGAAGAAACAUAUAUCGCCACUUGUUCACGCAACCCAAAAGCUACGAGCAUAAUGUGUGUGUACGUACUGUAUAUAGUCUGUGAUGGGGGGGGGGGGUGGUGUUCUUUUUCUGGUAGGUUGAGGGUAAAGCCUCCACAAUUUCAAACAAACCUACAAUUUUCACUCAAAUGUGGCUGAUUUUAGCCUUUCCAGGUCAAAAUCUCCAACAAUUAGCCUUUCUCAUGCUCGGUUUAUCUGCCAUUUUGUGGUACUACCAUUCCCCUGAGUCUCAUGUGACAUUUUAUGACUCUAGUUGUGUCACUUGUGUGUAUAAUGUCUAUAAUCAUGGUCAAUUUCUCUACAUUCUCCGAUGUGGGAGGAUAUAUUAGCCCCUGUGAGAAAGGCUCAAAAAGGAGAAUAUAUUAGCCCCUAUGAGAAAGGCUGAUUUGCCUAUUGUUGUCCCACCAUUGGCCAAUUUUCUAGCUACUUUUUUAUAUAUGAGCUGCAAUAGUUAGAAGGGAAAAAAUGUAAAAAAAAAUUGCUAUGAGGCUGAAAUUUAACAAGAUAAUAUAUGAAAUAUGGUACUUAAAAUUUAAUACUAUUAGGUGCAUUUCAUUUAGUGAUUGACCAAUUGUGCAACAAUUGGAAAUUGCCCAUAAUAUAGUCAUGCCACAAUCUGCCAGAUACCGAUUUUAUAAUGACGUCAUAAUAUCAGUCGACCAAGUAAAGGUGACAUCAUUCAUGUCAAUUUUUUAACGAUAAUUUCCAACUUAACAUGUUACCAGGGAUGGAUUUACUGGGGGGUGCACACCCCCUAGCCCUGGCCAGAGGGGGUGCAGGGGGGGGGGUGCUAUUUUUCAUGAUAAAUCAAAAAAUUAUUAGAGACAAAAUGAGAUACGGUAAUUUGAGUAAUAACAUGAUGAUAAGCAAACUGUGAACAACAAUUACAAUUCAAAUACUGUAGUCAAGCAAGACUUGCAGUAGUGAAGCAAGUUGAUGGGCGGGCUGGAUCCAUCCCUCGGUAUGUUACUGCAACCAAAGAUCAUUAAAACCAUUACAUUAAUAAAUCGUGGCAAUCAAGCUUCACACAUUAAUUUAACAUAUUGCGUUAAAAUGCAACAUGUAUCAACGUGCAUUGCAUAUCAUUUUUAAAAUGUGUAUUUUCUCAACAAUCGGUUUUAGAAAAUCGGAAAUAUAGAUAAUUCUAGUUCUACCGAUUCCGAUGGUCUACUGAUAAGGCAAAAAUGAGCCAAAUGCCGAUGCCGAUUAUCGGUCAAUCGCCAAUUUCAUUAAUCCUUUAAGUGGCAAUGCACCCCUGUGAGCUCUAUAUAUCUAUAUAUCUCUAUAUAACUUCAGUGAAACCAAGAUGGCAGAAAUUGAUACUAAACAAGUUUUUUCUAUUGGACUGAACGUCACAGCGCCAGUGAUGAUGCAUCUGGAGGACAAAUGGGUCGUUCCAGAAAAGAUCCAUACCCCCCCCCCGAGGAAAUUUUUGCUAUAAUUCUGCCCGAAUUAGUUCACUCCGUGCGCAGCGUGAACGUAGUCUAAUUUUCGGUGCCGUUUUCAAAACAGCGAGGUAGCCUUUAGGGAAAUUUAGAAAUAUGAUGUCUGAAGGGGAGGGGGGUAAUUUUGGGCUUUGACAUCCGGA